CACAAGGUCACAAGCACCCAAGCGUAGGAACGCAAUGGUGAAGUUCACCGCACGCCGGAGCAUGCCCGAGCCGGUGGCGCCGGCACGGCCAACACCACGCGAGACCAAGAUCCUCUCCGACGUCGACGACUGUUAUGACCUACGAGUAUACUCUUUUGUGAUCGAGUUCUUCCGCUGCCGACCAGGCGGCCAUCCGACGACGACGCCGGCGAAGGCCGUCAAGGCGGCCCUCGCGGAGUCUCUAGUGUACUAUUAUCCCAUUGCCGGUCGGCUGAGGGAGGUCCCCGGAAACAAGCUGGUGGUAGAUUGUACCGGAGAGGGAGCGGUGUUCGUGGAAGCAUCGGCCGACGUGGGCCUGGAAGAGUUUGGACAUCCGCCACUGCGGCCACCGUACCCAUGCGUCGAGGAACUCUUAUGCGAUGCAGGCGAUACGACAGUCGUGGUCGGCAAGCCCUUGUUCUUCAUCCAAGUAACAGAAUUGAUAGGCAGAGGGUUCAUACUUGGUUUCCAGGUAUGCCAUAGCAUCGUCGACGGCUUCGGAAUGAUCCAGUUCAUAAAAAGCAUAGGUGAUCUUGCACGUGGCGAGGUGCAACCGGCAGUGCUACCCGUGUGGGAGAGGCAUAUUCUGAUGGCACGCACUCCUCCACGCAUCACCGACAUCGACCCCGCAUACACACCGGUCCUAACUGGCUCCGAGCACGAUGCCAACAGGAUUGUCAACGACGUUAUGCUAUCAACGGCAGUCGAGAGCAUGGUGCACAAGUACUUGCUCUUCAGUCCAAGAGAGAUAACUCAUUUACGAGGGUAUAUCGUCCCAUCGCUUCUCACCAAACCCGCCACUGCCUUCGAGCUUCUCACUGCUGUAAUGUGGCGUUGUCGGACGAUAGCGCUUGGCUACGAGGUCGAUACAAAAGUACGCCUCAUCUUUACAAUCAAUGCCCGUGGGAGAUGGAAGCGUGAUUUGCCCAUCCCACGGGGAUACUACGGAAACGCCCUUGUGUACACCAUAGCGGAGACCAUGGUAGGUGACCUAUGCGGGAAGCCACUCGGCCACAUUGUGGAGCUAAUCCGUAAGGCCAAGACCGACAUGUCGCUGGAGCGGAUGCGGUCAAUGGUGGAUAUGAUGGCACUAUUGCGUGGGCGGCCAACUUUGCCCGCGCAACAAGUCUACUGGGUGACAGACAAUAGUCACAUUGAAGGUGACAUAGUGGACUUUGGGUGGGCGGAGUGGGUUGGUGGUGGCAUGCCAGUCCCGAAGCUAUCAAGCUUCCACACUAGAUGCAAGGAUGUACAUGGCGAGGAAUCAAUCACGGUUUCAGUCUUAUUGCCAAGGUCGGUGAUGGAUAAGUUUGCCAGUGAGAUCGCCUCCUGGUUGAACAAGGACAACGGAGGCAACUACUUUACACCUAGCUCCCUAUAGUUAUAUUUAUACUAGUAUAUCGAACACACACACAUGCAUAGUAUGCGUACGUGAUUGAACAAUAAAGAGCACUACGAUAAAGAAAUUAUAUGUAUCAUAGUUAUACAUAACAAUAUAUUUUUAGUAUAGGUGCCACACUUCUGUAAUCCCGGUAAUAUCAUAGGUUUAAG